AUCUCUACUUACAAUUUUAGAAAGAGAAUACCAACAUAAAUUCUCCAUUUCACCAUGAUAGCUUACUUAGAAUAUCUCCUCCAAGAAAACCAACCGGAAACCAUGGCAGAAUCCGAUGAAAUUCCCCUCCUCUCCGCCAUUGAUCUCCGCGGCACCAUCGAACAUAAUUCCCCGCUUGCCGCCACCGACUUCGGCGGCAUGCAAAACACUAAACCCCUAGCCUUCAUUCACCCUGCCGGCUCUGAUGAUAUAUCGAAAAUCAUCAGACACGCCGGCAGGUUCAGUAGUAUGACCGUUGCCGCCAGAGGUAACGGUCAUUCUAUUAACGGUCAGGCCAUGUCAAAUAAUGGCCUGGUCGUUAACAUGAAAACUAUCAAGAAAAUUUGCGUUAAGCGCAUAAAUUUUCGCGGUAACGCCACCUACGUGGUUGAUGUAGGUGGCGGAGCACUGUGGGAGGAGGUGUUGAAACGGUGCGUUUUGGAACAUGGACUUGCGCCGAGGUCGUGGACGGAUUAUCUAGGGCUGACAGUUGGCGGGACGUUAUCGAACGGCGGCGUGAGUGGACAAGCUUUUCGACACGGUCCUCAAACUUCGAAUGUGAUCGAAAUGGAAGUUGUCACAGGGAAUGGUGAGGUAGUGAUUUGUUCCGAGAAUCAGAGCUCGGAUGUUUUUUAUUCGGUUCUUGGAGGUCUUGGACAGUUUGGUGUCAUUACUCGAGCUAGGGUUUUGCUUCAACCGGCCCCGGAACUGGUGAGAUGGAUAAGGCUAGUUUAUUCGAAUUUCGAUGAGUAUACCAAUGAUGCCGAAUUUUUGGUCAGUCGGUCGGAAAGUGAUGAAUCGUUUGAUUAUGUGGAGGGAUUUGUGUUUACGAAUAAUGAUGAUCCGGUGAAUGGCUGGCAAUCGGUGCCGCUAAAUUCCGACCAGAUAUUCGAUCCGACCCUCGUCCCGUGCUAUGCUGGACCUGUUCUGUACUGUCUGGAGGUCGCAUUGCAUUACAGCAAAUCCGAUGAGCCCUCAGCCGUUGACAUGGUUGUGGAGAGAUUGGUUGGACGGCUGAGUUUUGUGGAGGGAUUGAGGUAUGAACGGGAGCUGAGCUACAUGGAGUUUCUUUUGAGAGUAAAACGUGACGAACAACAAGCUAGAGCUAACGGUAUUUGGGACGCCCCACAUCCUUGGCUCAACUUGUUCGUGUCGAAAACAGACAUUGCAGCAUUUAAUCACCUCAUCUUUAACCAAAUAUUGAGUCAUGGAAUCGGUGGCCCCAUGCUCGUGUACCCGCUUCUUCGUUCCAAGUGGGAUAAUCGAACAUCAGCGGUGUUACCAGAAGGGGAAGUAUUCUACCUAGUAGCAUUACUCAGAUUUACUCUGCCAUAUCCAAAGGGACCUCCAGUGGAAGAAUUGAUCUCCCAGAACGACGAAAUUAUCAACCGUUGCAUAAGAAACGGCUUCGAUUUCAAGCUAUAUUUCCCUCACUACAAUUCAGAGGAAGGAUGGAAGCAACAUUUUGGAAAUCAGUGGUCACGAUUCGUAGAAAGGAAGGCUAAAUACGAUCCCAAGGCCAUUCUUGCACCUGGACAGAAGAUUUUCAGGAGAAAUCGUCGUGAAUCCUAGCUCAGCUCCUAGUUUUACUAGUCUCAGGCUCUCGAAUCACAGAGUUCGGGCCAUUGUUUCAAUUUAUCCACCAUUUUUGUUCAGUUUCUGCUGUAAGGUCCUCUGCAAUUGAUCAGGAAUUAAAACAUUUUAGUAGGUGUACAUUAAUUCUCAAGAAAAAAUUUUGUUUUUUCGAAUUUUCUCAUUUGGCCUCAUGUCAUGCUCAAAUGCCAGAGUUAAAGAGGAAAAGAUUAGCAAUUCAAGCAAGAUCUCUAUCAAGUAUCAAGUUGUUAUGCAAGUGGAAUUGUGGUACUGAUGAUUUGUUUUAACGUA